CGCAUGCGCACAGCGGAGCUCCAUCUUUCCAUCCCGAGCGCAGAAGAGCAGCGGAUGUGUUGAUGCUUUUGGCCGUUUUGUUUUGAUUUUUAAACGCCCAGAGUCGCUGCGAAACAAACCCGAGCGGACGCGUCCUCCGUUAUUACCCUUCCGGGAGCUUUCAGCCGAUAGAAAUGCGGCGUGUGGCGGGUGUUAUGAGGUAGAUUGAGCCGCUGCUGCUGCGCUUCGGCCGCGGAGACACAUUUGAGUGUAAAUCCGCUGCAGGAGAGUUUCCGGCCCGCGCGAGAGCAGGAACCAUGAAUUUGCGAGAGCUGCAGCUAAACGGUCCAUGAUGAGCGGUAUGUCUGAAGAUCGUGACAUGCGCUGUCUGCUGUAGAGACGCCACGCCUGGCCCGGACCUGGACCCGCGGGUCCCACUGCCUGCUGGGAGCUGCAACUCUUUCCAAGUGUUUAGUCAUUUGAGGUGCUUUUAUGUCCAGAUCAGAAGCGCUUUCAGACUCUUUUCUCAUGGCUUUGAUUGCUCAGACACUAGCAGCGGAGUUCCUGUCUGCAUCGAGUGGCAAAGUAAUGAGGCCCUUUCUCUGGGCUGCGCUGUGAGCGUCUCGCUGCGGGUCCGGCCCGCAGAUCCACCCCGCUUUCAGGAUAGUUGUGCUCUGUCUUCCCUCUUCUGAGCGUCAGAAUGAGACAUUGUGUCGGGACAGAGAAGAGCGUGUGAUCUCUCACCAGCAGUUUUGCACUGAUCCAGAAAGAUGAAUGGAGGAAAAGAGAGGGAGGGUGUUGAGGGCCGAGGUCAGCUCGCCCAGGUGCCCAUCGGCUGGCAGCGCAGGGUGGAGGCCUCGGGGGUCCUGUAUAUCAGUCCGAGUGGAUCAGUGCUGUCCUGCCUUGAGCAGGUGAAGUCGUACCUGCUGACCGAUGGAACCUGUAAAUGUGGUCUGGAGUGUCCUCUCAUCCUCCACAAGGUUUUUAAUUUUGAUCCUGGUGCGGUGGUGAAGCAGAGGACUGCGGAGGAUGUGAAGGCCGAUGAGGAUGUGACCAAGCUCUGCAUCCACAAGAGGAAGCUGAUCGCAGUGGCGACGCUGCAUAAGAGCAUGGAGCUGCCGCCUCCGUCCCUGACGCUCACCAGCCCCGGCGGAGGCACAAGUGUGACCUCCGUGACCCCUGCUGCACAGCCUCGAGCAAUAAGGAAUAAAACCCACGAGGGCCAGCCAGAAUGUAAGAACCCGUUCAAGGCGAUGAUGGCGGCGGGGCAGCGGCACUUCUCUCCAGAUCUGUGCGGCACGCAGCAGGUGUAUUCCCGGCAGAGGCUGGCCAGCGGUGACCGCAGCGGGCACGGGGCCAUGCUGAGCCCUCCCUCACAAGCCUUCGGGGACAGGUCUCUGUCCCCACGAACAGACGCUCUCGGCAGUCCUGAUGGGUAUGUGCGCAACAACCCCUGUGGCUUCCAGGGGACCGGCAGUCCCGGGGCCAUGCACAGCAGCAGCCGCAUCCCUCGGUCUUCUCCUGGGGUCAUGAUGCACGGCUCUCCCGCCUCCCAGUCGUCCUGUGUCAUGGCUGGAAGGAUUAACAUGCCUCUGUCCCCCCCAGUCCCCAACAAGAGCCCGAUCAUGAAAAAGCCCCUGUGCAACUACCCGCCCAGCAUGGACUCGAGCAGGACUGUGUUUCAUCACAAGGCCCCGUCUGCUCCCGGCCCUCCUCUGCCGCCUCCCUGCGCCCUGCAGAACAAACAGCUGUGCUCCGAGAAGGACCCUCUUGGCAUCCUGGAUCCGAUCCCCAGUAAACCCAACUCCUCCACUUUCCACCCCAAUGCCCACUCUCAGGUACCAAUGAUGAAUGUAAACAUCCCCCCCGCCAUCGUCCCGCUGCCGAGCAAUCUGCCUCUGCCCACAGUGAAGCCGGGGCCGGUGGGUCACAUGCAGAGGACUCAGCACACCGCCUCCAUCUCCCCGUCGCCCGUCACCUCUCCCGUGCACAUGUCUGGGCCUGCCUUGGGCCGCAUGGAGGUGUCUCCGCAGCGCUCCCGCUCCUCCUCCACCUCCUCGGAGCAGGGCAGCUUCGCCGUUCCCCCCUGCGGCAGUAUGAAGGUCCCGCCGCGCUCGCCCAGGUCCUCCAUGAGCUCGCCCCGACCUGCUUUGCCUUCCAGCCCAUCUGGCAAGCCGGACAGUCUUCACCAGUACAAAGAAAUGCCCUCCCAGCUGCUGGCUGGGAUGAGUGGUCAGCACAACCCUAUGUAUCCGCCCGCCACGGGCAGCGCCACCCCGCAGAAAGAGCACCCGGGCCUUUUGGGAAUGCCACUGAACCAGAUCCUUAACCAACACAACGCUGCCUCUUUCCCUGCCAGCAGCCUCCUCUCUGCGGCCGCCAAAGCACAGCUAGCAAAUCAAAACAAGCUCGGGGGAGGCGGCGGCGUUUGUGUGGGAGGUGUGGCGAGUGCCGCGGCGUCUGAUGCUAGCAGGGCUGUCGAAGGCCACAAUACUCUAAAUACCAUGUUGCCACCCAACCCUUCCAUGAUCAUCCCCAGCGGCGAGGGCCAGAGCGGACGCGCGGCGCUUCGAGACAAGCUCAUGGCGCAGCAGCGCGACCCUCUCCGCAAGCGCAAGCAUCCUCCAAACGCUGCCAACCACGAGAACAGCUUCUUCAACAUGGCCAGCAUGAGGACACCCUGUCCUUCCGCUGAGCAUAUGAGAAAAACCUCCCGACUGCCCUCCAACACGUCAAUGGCCCAGCUACUCCAGUCUCUGAGCAACCACAGCUCCCACAUGACCCGGGGCAGAAACCCAGGCGUCUCCGGCACGGUGCCUCCGAGCACACAGGUCCAGCAGCGGCUGCACGGUCAGACGGAGGUCAUGCUCUGCCCCGGCGCGGAGUCAGUGGCGCACGCAGCCCAGGGCCAGUAUCCAGGCAUGAUGAACCAGAUGCAGGCCACAGCGAUGGGAAACUGUGGACCCGUGAACCAAAGCGGACAGGUUCCUGUCAGAAACAAUGUGCUGGGACAUGCCAGCGGUCACUUUCAGCAGCGCGUCCAGCCGAACGUCAGCUGCAUGCUGCCCAGUGGCACUGAUGCCGGCUGCUCACAGCCCCUGACCGACCGAGUCAUAUUUGGAGAUGUGACUGGUGACGCUUCUGUGCUGUUGCUAACAGGCGAGGCGGCGUCGCUGAGCUGCAGCAUCGCUAACACUCCUCAGAUGGGUGGCGUGAUGCCGGCCGCGGGGCACAUGUACCACCAGCAGCAGCAGCUGCACCCGGCACUGCAGGGCAUGCACGGGGUCUCCGCUUAUCCGGGCCAGGGGCAUUCCUUCGCAACAACUCCUUUUACAGACAGUAACGUUUCCAACUCCAACAGCUUGCCUUGCCUAUACCAGGAUUAUCAGGGCUGCAUGCCUGACGGUGGCCAGCCUGCUAUGAGCUCUCAUUCUGGAGAUGCAGGCCUGUACCGAGAGGCUCCACAGAAGCUGCAGGGUCAGGGGGAUAUUUCCAUGGCGGGACCCUCUGGAGGCCAGAGUUCAGUGGAGUCUGUUGAUGCAAUCUACAGAGCGGUGGUGGACGCUGCCGGCAAAGGCAUGCAUGUGACCAUCACUACCGGCGUGAGCGGCAGUACACAGGCGAGCCCCGUCCCCGCGCUCAGUGCCAUGAGUGCCUUCACUGCCUCCAUCGGCCAGCCGCUCAGCCUACCUCACGCCGUUAAUGCGGUCAUACACGCGCCACGAGGCUCGGAGGGGACGGAGCUGCCGUCGCAUCCUCAGCGUGGCCGAAUGGUGCUGCCCAACCACACGCGCAGAAGCUCUGAGCAUGGCAAGAACACACCUGAUGGCACAGACACGCAUGAGUAUUUCCGCUCACCUAGUGCUGCCACACCCCGCCCGCAGUGGGACGAGCCCAACCACGCUCACUGGAGAGGCGAGGAGUUUCUGGAGUGCUCCACCCAGGUGCACAGCACUCCAUGCAGCAGCAGAAGAGAGAGAAAAAACGUCAUGGAGUGUCUGCAGGAGACCCUUGAGCCCUCCGACGCUCAGACAGAUGACAGUGCUAGGCUGCAGUUUAACCACCGCGCGAGAGACCGACUGGAGCUGAUUGAGCGCUGUGCUCAGCUCAACGGAGUGCUGCCUCGGGGAGGAUACGGGGAGCCGCUCACCGGAGACGACCAGUCACCCGGCUCCUCCACCAGCUUGGAAGGGCCACUGCUCAAAGACUACACUCACUUCAACGGGCACUUUAACGGACACUGUGUGCCCAGCCCCUCGGACACCAAGAGUCUCAGCAGCGAGGAGGAGCUGCGGCACCCCGACUCUCCUUCAGCCGAGCUGCUGCACUACAGGCCCAGGGCCUUCAAUGUGGGUGAGCUGGUCUGGCCAAUCAAAGGCUUCUCGCCCUGGCCUAACAAACUGAUGGGAGAAGAGCAUGGGCACAAUCCCAACAUGCAACUGUCAGAACAGGCCAAGGUGGAACCGGAGCAGCUGAAAACACUAACACAAGACCUUCAGGUGCUGGACCGAACUAGCAAAAAAAACAGGAAGUUCUUACGAGUUCCGGAGAGUUGUGGAGAGGGUAGAACUCCUUAUAUGGGCAUUUCUCCCAGAAAAUCGCGCACACAUCAACCAGAGCGAGAGAGAGCCCAUCAAUGAGCUUCAUCCGGCUGCAGCACUGUACGGGACUUGCUCGGGAAGAAUGUUUAAAGAAGAGUGUUUUUGGUUGUAAGGGAAAGAUGUUCAGCUUCCUAAGGAACCCAGCGUUAUGUAAACAGUGGAUACAGUUGUUUUUCCAUGGCAGCAACGGAGUUUCACAAGUGUUUUUGUUGACAAAUGUUUUAUAAGCAAGGCCCAGUUCGACACUGGAUUUGCACAUCGUUCGAUACUAAAGAUGGAGCGGUGCCAGUUAUAAAAGAUCCUGGUUGUGAUUCAGAACUGCAGACGUUAAGUGAAACGGCAUCAAAUGUCUGUUUGUUGGCAUUCAGUGGUCAAAUGCUCGUCAAUCUUUAGCUCCACCCACAGCAUGCCUCCAGGAUCUUGGUUGUUUCCGGAGAGAAUCGAAAUGCUGUAUCCUCUUUUAUAAAUAUGAUAAACUAAAGUCUUUUGUAGAUAUGAAGGAUGCAGUACUACUCUAUAGGUACUCGAGAUUAACAUGAGAUUGAAUGAACUGUGUGAGCAUGGGUAUAAAAGAAAAAGAAGAAAAAUUUUGGCUUAGCUUCAUGAAGAUACGUUCGGAUGAAUGGAGAGUGAAUUAUAUCCACAUCUGUUGAGGAUGCUUGAUCUUCUUGAUGAUGUAGGUCAGUGGUUCCCAACCAUGUUCCUGGAGGCCCCCGAACACUGCAGGUAUUCCAUGUCUCCUUAAUCAAACACACCUGAUUCAGAUCAUCAGCUCAUUAGUAAAGACUCCAAGAUCUGAAAUGGGUGUGUCAGACAAAGGAGAGAUGCAAAAUGUGCAGUGUUGAGAGGCCUCCAGGAACGAGGUUGGGAACCACUAAUGUAGGUUACAACUCGGUGCAGGGAGGGCCGAUCUCGACUGAACUUUCCUUCCAAAUCAUGCUGUACACUCUGGUCAAUGCGGCGAAACGUGUGUUUAAAACAUGACCUGAAUCUGAAGCAAAAACUGUAUGGUCAGCGUGUCCUUUAAUCUGUUUGAAACUGUCCUGAGUGUUUGUGACGUACUAGAGGAAUGUUAGGCGAGUAUCUGUGUAACAAAUUAGCAUUUUGAAGCUGUCUUGAGCCGAAAUAGACGCAAGUCUCUGUGCGACUGAACUCAAGGCUGACUAAGUGCAUGUCUGUGUGACAGACUAUGGCAAGCAUGAGUACGGAUGGUCUUAUAUAUCUUAUUGAUUGAAGUGGGAGCAGUUAUGAUCAGCUGAGUGUCAGCUGAUGCUUGAGUCACGCCGUGUUCUGCCUGAACUACCCUUGAGCUCCAUUCGUCGCUCAAACUUCAUAUGUGAAAAUUUUUCAUGAACUUGUACACUCAGUGCCAAAAAGGGUCAGAGCAGUAUACUUUAAGUUCUGGAGGACAUACUAAGUGCUAGAAUAUUAUACAUUUUCUAAAUGAAAUCUAGGGUGUAUUUAUUUCUGCAAUCCUUAAUUUAAACAAAAUUGGCUAAUUUACUUAUCUUACAGAAAAUAUUGGCAUAUAUUUUGUUGUUUUUAUUAAGCAUAUGUUUAAUAUGUUUAAAUUUUGCCAUCUUUCGAUGAAUUAUAUUGUGAUCAUUAAGAAAAUACAUCUUUUAUAUUUAUUCAGAGGGGGUGUACUCAUUUAUGCUGUCUCUUCUGCUCGUCAGUGCUGUUUGUCUAACUGUUUCUCCUCCAAGUCUAAACCAAAUCGCUAUAAAAUAUAGCAUUCUGUGUAGAAUUCAAAUAAGUCCGAUACAUUUUGUGGUCUGCACGACUCGCGCAUAUGAUCCACUCCGUGAUAUCAUGUCUUUGAUGGUCCUUGACUCCAUCUGUUGGUCACUGGCAGGUCUUUGAAGGUUUUACCUCAGGUGAGGUCAUCUGCUGGAUUCCUAUCGGAAUCCACAUACCACCAGUUACACCUUGCAGUAAGGUCUUGGAUCUCUGCUAUCGUUGUUCCAACAAAUACUUUGAAUCUGUAUGAUUCAGAUUUUAUCCAGGAGAGUACUGUUGUGGAAUCUGUCCACAGGACCACUCUGCUGAUUGCCAGAGUAAGCUCAGUCUCAAGGAGUUUGGCUAGCUGAGCACCAUUCAAGGCUGCAUAUAACUGCAAUCGAGGGAUGAUAUGUCGCAGCUUAAGAUCUACUUUAGACCUGGCCAUGAUAAAGGCAAGCUGAACUUGACCUCUAGCUUCAGUUUAUCUUCAAGGACUCAUGCUGGACCUUGCAGAGUCCAACCCAGGUGUGUUUUAAUCUCUGCAGGGCCCCCUGGUGGACUGGUUCUCUAGGGGUUAUUAAGUGAGGAUGGUCUUCUCCGAUCAACAGCAGUGGGCUGGCUUUAUGAAUGGGCAGAAGUGGUACACCUCUCAAGUGGCUGAAUUUCUGUUAAAGGGCUGCAACAGGAUAUAAAUGUUCUGCCAGGCUCAAGGGUUCAGCCGCAAAAGCUCUCUCAAUAAGAUAGCUCUUAUACGGUUGAGAUCUUGAAGGAAACUGCUGUAACAUGGAGCUUUGUGAUGUCCUGUCUUAUGGUCCUCAAGGCUAAGUCCUCUGACUGUCCUGUGAGACCUAGUCUUUGAGCUGCAGAAUACAGAAUGAUUGUGCACUCAGAACUGAAAUCUAGCACAGCAUAUGUGUCUAAGCUCUUACCCUUGUGUUGCACAAUCACUUUAAUGACCUUGAGAAGGUCUUGACUGGACCCUUCAGGCCAAUCCAUAUACAGUGGAGUGCUGGUAUAGCUGACAAGCCAGGUGCCUUCCUUCAGUGGCCUAUCAUUCACAUGAUGGAGGAUUUGCAAGUGCUUUCCGUCAGUCACUUGGUUAUUUAGAAAGUGCCUGGAAGGACAUACACUGGCUCAGAUAAAUGGUCUUUGCUGUCACAGUAAUGGCAGAAGGUGUUGCUUUUACUCAUGCCGUUUAAUGGCUGUGGCAGCACUGGUAAUGAUGGUUGAUCUACACCAUGGAGGAUGGUGGUUGGUUGAGAUUUGACCUUGAGAUCUCUGCAGAAGUCUGUUCUCUGUCUGGCUCUGUCUCUAAUAACUUUGUCUCCUCCAAUGCUUUCAGGAUCUUGGCACCAUAAUUCAAUCUUGAGCCGCCACUUAGCAAAGUCAAGAAGUGUGUACACGAUACCUAGUUCAUAACUCAUGUGCCUUCUGAAGUAUGACCGCAACUCUGGAGGUAGUUUGGUGAGAAGUUGAGCCAUGUGGGAUCCACACUGUAACUUCUCCUUCUGCACCCAGUGUCUUAAGGAGGCCUACAAGUUUCUAGAGCAGUGGUUCCCAAACCUGUCCUAGAGGACCCCCUGCCCUGCACAUUUUGUAUGUCUCCCUAAUCAGAGACACCCAAUGUAGUUCUUGCAGUCUCUACUAACGAGCUGAUGAGUGGAAUCAGGUGCAUUAGAUAAGGGAGACAUACAAAAGGUGCAGGGCAGGGGGGCCUCCAGGACAGGUUUGGGAAGCGCUGGCCUAGAAAUUGGAUGUCUGGAGAGUCCAUAACAGCACCUGUUCCCUUUAGAGCAAGUUGGUGAGGUCGCCCAAACCUCUCAGUGAGUGCUGCCAUAGUGUCUGAAUAAGGAGUAAGGGAGUUCUAGAAUGAAUCUGUCAUCAGACAGGCUUCCAUUACCUUCAAGUGGUCAACUAAAACCUGGAUCUUAAAGAGCUCAGUUGUAUCGUCUGGUAACAGAUUACCCAAGGCCAACUUAAGACAGACAAAUUCACUUGGGCCCCAACAAGUAAAGUCCAGUAUAGUUGGCUAAGGACCUCUUUAGGUUGUCUUCCGUCUGUUCACAUCCAUCUGCCACCCAGGUUGGUUUGCCGGUAACCCGUAGGACUGGAUGGAAUAGUGCGCCAUAUGCAUGUAUGGGGUAGGGGCUGACCUGUCCAUCUCUGGUUGCCAUGGGCCUGUGUAAUGUCUGUAGGGGUCAGGCGAGCUUGAGGAAACAUGGGCUGAUACUUUCCCAGUAGCGGGCAUGUCAUCGUUAUGAUGUCCGAUAAUGAUGUGCUAGUUUAGGUGUAUGUGCUUCUGACUCCCUAUAAAUAAUUUUAGGUGAGGGCACUGGAGGUGUUGGGGAUAAAUGUUGCUCUUUGGAAGUAGGAGAUGACUUUUUACUUGACUGGUUCCUCGUUCACAUGUCUUGUAUACCUUUUGGGAUUUCUGUCAGUCGUCUAAUCACCUCUUUCAUUGAUAGAGAUUGACGAAGCUCUCUGUUCUCUCUUUCAAGGUCUUGCGUAGAUCCAGAGGUAAAGAAUGGGCAUAGUCAUCUUGCACACUCCACUGGUCCGUAAUGAGCUACCAUGGCUCUGUUUGUGGACCCGUUACCUCUAAAGAAUCAGGUGUUCCCCCCUCAGCUCACCUUCAGCUCUUCUGAGCUGUAAUCUCUAGAACCUUGCAGACAAGUCCCUGUGAUGUCUUCCUGCUGAUAAUAUUCUCACCUAUGUGGCUGCUGUGCUUUCUUUGUUAAAGGUACCAUUACUUGAGGUUUCCCUUGAUACUAAACUUUGAAUUCUUGGAAGGAUAUGCGGACUGGAAAAAGGAAUGUUAAGGCUGAGCACCUUGGAUCCGCUAUUCUAAACUCUGGGGCUCUGACAUCCUAGGUCCAAACACUCAAUCAGGCUGGAAGGACCAAAUGUUGAAAAGGGUUAAUUAGAACUGUAUGUGCACUAGUGCCAGGUGGAGUUGUGUUUGCACUGGUGGGUCGGUGAGGACACCUGAGGCAAGAUUCAGUGCCAGAUUUGAAUAAGAUAAUUAAGAGUUGACAGCACAGUCAGACCACAGGGCAUUUCUUGUUCAAAAGUCUCUGACAAUGGAAAUUUGUGUAGGAUGUUGUCGUCAUUAUGUUUUACUGCAUCAAGUCGAACGGUAAAUGUGAAGAACAACGUGUAACUGACAAUCCACACAGUUUACAAUAUUAAAUACCACAAAUUUAGUACUUUCAAACAUCACUUAAACUAUAAAUUAAGUAUUAAACAUAUUAAGAAGGCAAUACGGCAGAUGAACUUGGACACGCAAAAUGAUAUCCGCUGCUUGAGUGAAUAAACAAUCUCAUGGUAAUAUACUCCUAGCUAAAAGCAGCAAAGCACUUACAUUGUUUCAAGAACUAACAUAAAUGGAAAAUCGUUAUUGUUCAGCCUCAGAACACUUGAUGCUCCUCUGAGAGCGAUCGCUGGAUGACGUCACGCAGUAACAGGUGCGCUUAUUGGCUGUAACUUCUUAGCACCCAGUCAAUGAAAAACUCCAUUUGUGGUGACAUGUUGACAGGAAUCAGACUUGUCUAGCAACAAAAUAAUGUCAGUAACAAUAAUGCAUAGACUAAGAUAGUACAAAUCAUUAAUGUUGUGUUUCUUUUAUGUUUCUUUCUGAGCACUCGUGUUAUUGUGCAGCAGUUUGGCUCGAUGUCUGUUAUUUUUUAAAGGUGUGCUAUUAAUGCAUCUCGUG